GCGCGCUCCCUUCUUUCAGGCGCUGCCUCGGCUGCAGGUUCGGCUCGGUGCAGUGAGCUCCGGGAGUUGGUCGGACCGGUCCGGCAGGUUGGUUCGGGGCAGCGGAGGAGAGGAAGGGCGGGGAGCCGCCGCCAGGAGCAGGAAGCAGCGGGAGAAACAUGGUGACACCUGGCUGCGGAAACACCGACUGAGAGCACGGUUUACUGCUGAGAACCGGACCGAACCGAACCGAGCCGCUCGGUAGCAGCUCUGAAGGGUCACACCCGUUCAGGAGGUCUUGUGUUCGGACCAUCAGUAUGUGAAUAAAAGGGUCUAAACCAGUGUUUCCCAAAGUUGGUGUCAGGACCCAAAGUGGGGUCCCGAAAAAACCGGAGGCGCCAAGAUGAAUCGGCCGCGUGUGGACUCCCAGGGCUCCCUGGGACCCAACGAUGAGGUCAUGCCGUACAGCGACGAUGAGACCGACGACGAGCUGGACGAGACCUCGGAAAGUGAAGAUGAGAGGCCGCCACAAGCCCCUCAGCCCCCCGUGGAAACAAGACCUCAUGAGGUCGGUUGGAAGGUGAAGGCGAACGACAGAGCGUACCAUCAGCUGCCCGAGUUCCAGAAAAAGAUCUUUCUGUGCAUAAAGAAGAGCCGAUACUCCAGCAAUGCCAUCAAGACAUACAAAUACAACGUCAUCACCUUCCUGCCGCUGAACCUGUACGAGCAGUUCAAGAGAGUGGCCAACAUCUACUUCCUGGCUCUGCUCAUCUUACAGGUCAUUCCAGACAUUUCCACUCUGCCGUGGUACACCACCCUGAUCCCCCUGGUCAUCGUGUUGGGAAUCACUGCCAUCAAAGACCUSGUGGACGAUCUGGCACGACACAGGAUGGACAAAGAAAUCAACAACAGGAAGUGUGAGGUUCUUCUAAAUGGAAGGUUUCAACAAUCAAAAUGGAUGAACAUCCAGGUUGGAGAUGUGGUUCGCCUCAAGAAAAACGACUUUAUUCCAGCUGACAUCCUGUUGUUAUCCAGCUCCAACCCUAACAGCUUGUGUUACGUAGAAACAGCCGAACUCGACGGAGAGACCAACCUGAAGUUCAGGAUGGGUCUUCGGGUGACGGAUCAGAGACUUCAGGAGGAGCAACAACUCGCUCAGUUUAAUGCUCUGAUCGACUGCGAGGAGCCGAACAACCGUCUGGAUAAAUUCACCGGGACCAUGCAGUGGGGCCAGGAGCGGUACCCGUUAGAACUGGACAACAUGCUGCUGCGAGGCUGCAAGGUCCGAAACACCGAUGUCUGUCAUGGACUCGUCAUCUUUGCAGGAGCCGACACUAAAAUUAUGAGAAACGGGGGAAAAACCAGAUUCAAGAGGACCAAAAUCGACGAGCUGAUGAACUACAUGGUUUAUACAAUCUUUGCGAUGCUGGUCCUGAUCUCGGCUGGUUUGGCCAUCGGAAACAGAUUCUGGCAGGAGGACAUCGGCUCCAAGGCCUGGUAUCUGUAUGACGGUAAAAACCAGUCAGCCGACUACAGGGGCUUCCUCAGCUUCUGGGGGUACAUCAUCGUCCUCAACACCAUGGUUCCCAUUUCACUUUACGUCAGCGUGGAGGUGAUCCGUCUGGGUCAGAGUAAAUUCAUCAACUGGGACCUGCAGAUGUUUUACCAAGAGAAAGACACGCCAGCUAAGGCUCGAACCACGACCCUGAACGAGCAGCUGGGUCAGAUCCAGUACAUCUUCUCUGACAAGACGGGAACUCUGACGCAGAACAUCAUGCAGUUCAAGAAGUGCUCCAUCGCAGGGCGCAGCUACGGUGAUCCAACCACUGCUGAAGGAGUGUCUCUGGAAAAAAUAAAGCCUGUGGACUGGGGUUGGAACCGCCUAGCUGACAAAAAGUUCCCGUUUGUGGAUCACUUCCUGGUUGCAAACGUAAAAUCUAAGAAGGACAAAGACGCCAUGGAGUUCUUCAAACUGCUCUCCCUCUGUCACACUGUCAUGGUGGAAAGCAAUGGGGGCGAUCUGGUGUACCAGGCUGCGUCUCCAGACGAGGGCGCCCUUGUGACCGCAGCCAGGAAUUUUGGAUUUGUGUUCCUGUCCCGUACGCAGGACACCAUCACCAUCUCGGAAAUGGGAAACGAGACGACCUACGAAAUGUUGGCGCUGAUCGACUUCAACUCCGACCGCAAGCGCAUGUCUAUCAUCUUGAAGUUCCCGGACGGCCGAAUUCGUCUGUACUGCAAAGGAGCCGACACCGUCAUCUACGAACGACUGUCCCCAAACACGAGGCACAGGGAUACUACCCAGAGUGCUUUGGAUGUGUUUGCCAACGAGACCCUGCGGACUCUGUGCUUGUGCUACAAAGACAUUGGUGCGAGCGAGUACGAGGCCUGGUCCAGGAAAUACAAAGAUGCCCAGUUGAACAUGAUGGACCGAGACGCCGCCCUGGACCGGGUGUACGAGGAGAUCGAGACCAACCUGAUGAUGAUCGGAGCCACUGCUAUUGAAGAUAAACUGCAGGACGGUGUUCCAGAGACCAUCGCCAAACUGGCCAAGGCUGACAUCAAGAUCUGGGUCCUGACUGGAGAUAAGAAAGAAACGGCAGAAAACAUUGGAUUCUCCUGCUCACUUCUGACCGACGACAUGCAGAUUCACUAUGGAGAAGAUGUCAAUGAGAAACUGAGGAUUCGUCAGGCCAACAGAAGAAAUAACCCUCAAUCAAUGACUCGGGCAGGCAAAAAGAAACCUUCGGAGCCUUUCUUUCCUGGAUCUGGCAAAAAUGCUCUCAUCAUCACCGGAGGAUGGCUGAAUGAAAUUCUUUACGAGAAAAAGAAGAAACGCCGUCGUCUUCGUCUGCGACGUCUUGGAAAACGACCCGCUCCCAACAACCCUCAGGACGGACAACCGAUGGACGACAAGGAGAAAGAAAUGCGACAAAUCGACUUUGUGAACAUGGCCUGCGAGUGCGAAGCUGUCAUCUGCUGCCGUGUCACGCCCAAACAAAAAGCUAACGUUGUGAGUUUGGUGAAGAAGUACAAGAAGGCUGUGACGCUGUCCAUCGGAGAUGGAGCCAACGAUGUCAACAUGAUCAAGACUGCCGACAUUGGGGUGGGCAUCAGCGGUCAGGAGGGAAUGCAGGCGGUCAUGUCCAGCGACUACGCCUUCGCCCAGUUCCGUUACCUGCAGCGCCUCCUGCUGGUGCACGGCCGCUGGUCCUACAUCCGCAUGUGCAAAUUCCUGCGUUUCUUCUUCUUCAAGAACUUCGCRUUCACUCUGGUCCAUUUCUGGUACUCCUUCUUCAGUGGAUACUCCUCACAGGUGGCUUAUGAAGACUGGUUCAUCACUCUGUACAAUCUGGCCUACAGCAGUCUACCUGUUCUUCUGGUUGGACUUCUUGAUCAGGACGUCAACGACAAACUCAGCCUGAAGUUCCCCAAGCUCUACAUCCCGGGUCAGCAGGGGAGGCUGUUCAACUACAAGAACUUCUUCAUCAGUUUGUUCCAUGGCAUCUUCGUCUCGCUCAUCAUCUUCUUCAUCCCGUAUGGUGCCUUCCUGCAGACCAUGGGGCAGGACGGCGAGGCUCCGUCCGACCUCCAGUCCUUCGCCGUCGUCACUGCCUCCUCUUUGAUCUUCACCGUCAACCUGCAGAUCUCUCUGGACACGUCGUACUGGACCUUCGUGAACUGCUUCGCCGUUUUGGGCAGCAUCGCCAUCUACUUUGGAAUCAUGUUUGACAUUCACAGCGCCGGGAUUCACGUCAUCUUCCCAUCCAUUUUCACCUUCACAGGCGCAGCACCCAACGCUCUCCGUCAACCAUAUCUGUGGUUAACCAUCAUCCUGACAGUGGCCAUCAGUCUGCUGCCCGUCGUCUGCAUCCAGUUCCUCUAUAAAACCAUCUGGCCGUCUGUUGGAGACAAGGUGCAGCGGAACAGGAAGAGGUACGAGAUGGAGCUGGAGCAGGAGGAGAGGAAGAAGAAGCCACCGCCCUUCCAGCGCGGCCGAGGGUCCCGACGCUCCGCCUACGCCUUCUCUCACACCCCCGGGUACGCCAACCUGAUCUCCACGGGGCGGAGCAUCCGGCGGCGCCCUCAGGACCGGCCUCGAGCCGUACCCCAGGAAACCAUCAGGGAGCGCCCGCAGAGAGAAGCCGAAAACAUCUGAGACCCGGCCGGGCGCUAACGCAGCGAAGCCAAAGCAUUUUGGAACAAUUUUAUUUCUGCGAGCCGAAGAAAAAAAAAAKCCCUCAAACAUUCGGCUUGUUUUAGCUUUUUGAACACUGAAGUGCCUCCGAGGUGACGGGCAAAGCGCCGCACCAUUUGCUCCGGUUUGACCUCUGUUUGUUUACAAACAAACUGAAGCUCACCGAAGACGCCCUCUGGUGUGGGGUUAAAGGUCACGCAGUGUGCGACCAACUAUUCUUUAACUCAGGAUUUGUUCUUUUUAAAUAAGAUUGUUUUAAACACGUUCAUCCUUCACCACUCAUACAGCUCAUGUUACAGUUUUAACUUUUCUUUUUCUUUGCUCAGCACUUUGUCUAAACUUUAAAACAACUCCGGUUAAAAAUCUUAUUUUAACUUUUUUCUGUCCAUUGAACCCAAACGUUUUCCUGUAAAAUGAGGCUAAAGUUGUUUAUUUUUGUUUCAUUUGGAGUAGUGGCGGGACGGUAACGAGUCAGGCUAUGAAAUGUUUUAGUUACAAAGUGUUUAUUAUAAUAAUAAAAAACAAGAUAAUGGUGUGAAAGUGAUUCGUAUGGAAGCAAAUCAGUCUCAGGAUUUUGAGUUUUAGAACAUUACAAUGUAAAACAAAUGUGUGCAGUGAAUUUAUAGGUUUAAUUUCAACUCGUUUUUAAUGUUGGAAAAAAAACUUUGGUCAAAAUUUAAAUCUAACUUUCUAGACAAUAAGAAAUUGGAGCAAAUUUGUGUACUUUUGUUACGCAAAAACAUUUUGACACUAGAAAAAAAACAUUACAUACAUAAUUAUUAAAAAUGGAGUUAAAUUCAAAAACUUCAUAUAUUCACUGCAUAACAUUUUGAUUUAGUUUUAAAAUAAAAAAAAUCGGAGACUGAUUUUCUUAAGAUUUGAGUUGCGACAUGUUUCCAAACAAAUUCAAACCAACUUUGGUCUUUUAAAAACUUUGUAAGAUUCUUCACACAAACUUUAGGAGCUUUUUAUUUAAAACUUACAGAGUUUAAGUGUUUCUAACUUAAAAUGGUGACGUUUUGUUUUAGCUCCUUGGUGCAUGACUUUCAUCUGUUUUCAUUGAACGUUGCUGUAAUUGUUUUUCUUAUAUCUUAAAAGAAAGGAUUUGCUGUUUGUUUACAACUUUAAGAUUUCUUUUUGUCUUUUUUUUUUUAGAUUUUCAUCAGAUUUUUGGGCAUUUGGGACCCUGCGUUGAGCCAAAACUCCCGUUGUGACUGUUAGAGAUAAUUUUAGACGUUUUUCUUGAAGAACAAACGGGCAGGUUUGUUCUAAAUGUUGAUAUUUUAUUGUUAAUAAAGGCCAAGGGCACAUUCAGCAGUC